UGCUGGCAUAUUUUCAAUUUCAACGCAGAAGGGCCAUAGCGAGGGCUACAGAGUACAGACAGUAGAGGAGGCAGCCUACCGUGGAGCCCUCUUCUCUGUCUUCUCUCCCCCGCCUUCGGAAGCUUCUGCAAAUUACGCACCUUCUCCAACCAUGCCAGCUUCUCCCUCCUUCCCUUCAGACACUCGCGGCAGGUGGAGGAAGCGAAAGAGAGACCCUCAAGUCUCCAGAAGGCACAAGCCCGAAGACGAAGACGACGAGGAAGAAGAGGAGGAAGAGCUCGAACUGGAAGAUGAGGAAGAGACCCCCACAAUCCCACAAUCGGGGCCGUCCGAUCCCGUCCCCGUUGCCCGAGAAAGCGAGGUCUUGUCGGACGGCGGAGUACGAAUCUCCAAUUUCCCCGUUGUGGUCAGGCACGCAGUGAAUCGGCCCCACUCUUCGGUGCUGGCAAUUGUUGCGCUGGAGCGAGCGCUUCAGUCCGGAGAUGCCAAGAAUCAGACGAACCCGAUCGUUUUGGAGAAUAUAUCGUAUGGGCAGCUGCAGGCGUUGUCGGCUAUGCCUGCGGAUAGUCCUGCUUUGGCAAUGGCGGAUCAGGACAGAGGAGAUGGUGGGGCUGCGCCCUUUGUCAUCACACCUCCGCAAAUCAUGGAGGGACGUGGCGUUGUGAAGCGGUUUGGGAAUAAUCGUCUUCAUGUGAUGCCAAUGCACGCAGAUUGGUUUUCACCAACCACGGUGCAUAGAUUAGAGAGACAGGUGGUGCCGCAUUUCUUCUCUGGGAAAUCUCCUGAUCAUACGCCCGAGAAAUACAUGGAAUGCCGGAACUGGAUUGUUGCCAAAUACAUGGAAAAUCCGCAGAAGAGGCUGUCAGUAACUGAUAGCCAAGAUGGGCUGUUUGGUAUUAGUAUUGAUGAUUUCACACGAAUUGCCCGGUUUCUUGAGCAUUGGGGUAUCAUUAACUACUGUGCUGCUGCUCCUAGUCGGAACCUUUGGGAUGUUGGGUCUUACUUAAGGGAAGAUUUCAGUGGUGAAGUUCGUGUGCCAUCAUCUGCUUUGAAGUCCAUUGACAGCUUGGUACAAUUUGACAAGCCCAAAUGCAGGCUCAGAGCUGCUGAUGUAUAUUCAUCAGGGUCAUGCCAUGGAAAAGAUAUCCCUGACUUGGACAGCAGAAUUCGAGAGAGAUUAUCUGAAAACCGCUGCAGUUACUGUUCGCAGCCAAUUCCAGUUGUGUACUUUCAGUCGCAAAAGGAGGUUGAUGUACUGCUAUGCUCAGAUUGCUUCCACGAGGGAAGAUUUGUUGUUGGUCAUUCAAGCAUAGAUUUUUUGAGAAUGGAUUCCAUAAAAGAUUAUGGUGAUCUUGAUGGGGAAUGCUGGACCGAUCAGGAAACACUGCUGCUGCUUGAGGCAAUGGAAAUCUACAAUGAUAACUGGAAUGAAAUUGCUGAACAUGUUGGCACCAAGUCAAAAGCGCAGUGCAUUCUUCAUUUCAUCCGUCUACCAAUGGAGGAUGGUCUUUUGGAAAAUAUUGAAGUACCUGGCAUGUCCAUCUCAACAAGUUCAUCAAACAGAGAGGAUCGUGGUAGAUCACAUUUAAAUACAAAUGGGAAUUCAGCAGGUUCCUGCAUCCAAGACCCUGAUUCUGAAAGUAGGCUACCUUUUGCAAAUUCUGGGAAUCCAGUCAUGUCCUUGGUUGCCUUUCUAGCCUCUGCUGUAGGACCUAGAGUUGCUGCAGCCUGCGCCCAUGCUUCCUUGGCCGUAUUGUCUGAAGAUGAUCCCUUGGCUGCUUCUGGAAAAAUAAUACAGAUGGAAGGAUCAGGGCAUUGUAAUAGGAUGAAUUUGGAGAGUAUGCAUAAUAAAGAAGGCUUACAUGGAGACGUUACAAAGUCAAAUCAGCAAAAAGAAGAGAACUUCGGAAUACAAGUUUCGUGGGUUCCAAAUGAUGUGGAGGUUGUUCCAUUAUCUGCUGAAAAAGUAAAAGCUGCUGCCAAAGCUGGUCUUGCUGCAUCAGCAAUGAAGGCAAAAUUGUUUGCUGAUCAUGAAGAACGUGAAAUUCAGAGGCUGUCUGCCAAUAUUAUAAAUCAUCAGUUGAAGAGAUUGGAACUGAAGCUGAAGCAGUUUGCUGAAGUGGAAACCAUGUUGAUGAAAGAAUGUGAACAGGUAGAAAGGGCAGGGCAGAGGUUUGCUGCUGAGCGGGCCCGUGUCAUUUCAACCAGGUUUGGGCCUUCUGGUAUCAAUUCGCCUGUGAAUUUACCUGGCGCAACCCCUAGCAUGGUUAACAAUGCUACUGCCAACAAUAGGCAGCAAGUCAUCUCAGCAUCACCUUCACAGCCUAUUGUUUCUGGGUUCAGCAACAAUCAACCAGUUCAUCCUCACAUGUCAUUUGUGCCACGACAACCAAUGUUUGGGCUUGGUCCACGUCUUCCCCUUGCUGCCAUAAACCCAUCCUCAUCGGCUCCUUCUCCUAAUGUCUUGUACAAUUCCCCAGGCAAUGCCCAGCCAACUCUCAGUCAUCAAAUGUCGAGGCCUGUGUCGGGGACAAGCUCUGGUUUAGGUUGAGAAAUCAAAGUAAAAAUUGGAAUUGCAUGGUUUUAUUCUACUAUCUUCUCUUUCUUCAGUGAGAAGGGCACUCUGACGUGGAUUGGCCAUGAAAUUUCAUCUGCCUCUUUUUUUGGUAGUUUUGAUUCUGAGAGAAUUUUCCCGGUGGCAAGUGAGGCAUGUUGUAAAGGCUGCAGCUGAGUUUUUAUCCCGCAGUUGACCUAGUUUAUCAAGCAAUGGCUCCUCAAUUAGUCGGUUCUUUCAAUGUUAUCUUCCUAUUUAGUUCUUUUUUAUUUUCUUGUCUUUAGGUGCCGAGAUGGAGUUGAACCUAUUCAAAGAUUUAGAGUAGUUGCUACUGUUGUACAGAUGAUUAAUGUGCAGGGAAUUAGAGCAAUUACUGUUUCACUGGGUGUUUUGAACA